AUGAUACCCAUCAACAGCAAUAGUCAUAAUGUAUCGGAUAACGAUGUCGCUAUCAUUGGUAUUGGACUCCGACUGCCAGGCAACAGUUCAACUCCCGAGAAUUUCUGGAACAACUUGGUCAGUUCGUUUGAUGGUAUUGUUAAAGUUCCAACUGAACGAUGGUCGGAAUCAUUCAGUCAACACAAUUUGAUUACCAAUGUAAAUGCCGGACUCUUGGAGUUAGAUGAAUGGAAGAAGUUCGAUCCACUCUUCUUUGGAAUGGCUCCAAAGGAUGCCGCUGCCAUCGACCCUCAGGAGAGAAUGAUGCUCACCCUGACCUACGAGGCACUAGAAGAUGCCCAGAUUCCAUCGCAAUCGCUGCGUGGUUCCAACACAGGUGUGUUUGUCGGUGUUUCCAACAUCGGUUACACUCAUUUCCAGACACCAAGUUCACCACUUGAUCCGGCUCCCUACGUGCUCACCGACUAUUUUACACAUUCUAUAAUUGCCAAUCGUGUUUCCUAUUGUUUUGAUUUCCGAGGACCAUCGAUGUGUAUCGAUACCGCUUGUUCGUCAUCGCUGUUCUCCACUGAUCUCGCUAUCCAACAUAUUCAAAAUGGCCAAUGUGACAUUGCACUUGGCUGCGGAGUCAAUGCGCUUUUUGACGCAGAGUCAUCCAUGGGUUACAGCAGACUCGGUGUGUUGACUGAUCAUUGUCGUUCUUUUGAUGCUGACGGCAAGGGUUUUGUUCGUUCCGAAGGUUGUGGUGUAGUUGUUAUGAAACGUUUGUCGCUGGCGGAAAGAGAUGGAAAUCGUAUCUAUGCAAUCGUCAAAGGAAGAAACACAAAUGGCGAUGGUCGUUGCAAUAAAGAUACCAUGUCAUCGCCAUCGAGUGAGACACAAUCGGUAAACAUCAAACAGGCACUGCAACGCUCGAAUAUCAAACCAUCGGAUAUCUACUAUGUGGAGGCACACGCCACUGGAACCAUCGUUGGUGAUCCCAUUGAGGUAAAGGCACUGGCCGAUGUCUUCACUGACAACCAUACACCUGAGAAUCCACUCAAGAUUGGAUCGAUCAAAUCAAAUAUUGGACAUCUUGAGAGUGCAGCUGGAAUUGCAUCUUUCAUCAAAGUUUCACUGAUGUUAAAGAAUAGAAAGUUAGUUCCAAACAUCAAAUUAACAAAACUAAAUCCAAAAAUUCCAUUCAAGGAAUCGAAUAUCCAAGUUGUUACAGAGGUUGAAGAUCUUCCAAAUGACAGACUUGUAUUGAUGAGUGUAAAUUCAUUUGGAAUAGGAGGAACCAAUUGUCAUAUCAUCCUCCAAGAAUAUAGAAAUAAUAGUUUUGAUAAUCAAUUACAAAGAAAAAUUGAAAAUGUAACUAAACCAUUUUUGAUACCAAUCAGUGGUAAUUGUACUACUUCAAAUAAUAAAUAUGUUGAGGCAAUCAAAGAAAGUCAGAAUAGAGUCUCACUGAGAGAGUUUGCACUCUAUCAAUCUUUGACAAAAUCACAUCAUUCAGUUAGAAAGGUAAUCGUUGCCAAAGAUUGGGAAGAGUUUGAUUCACAGGCACUUGCAUUCAAUGGAGUGUUACCAAAUAAAGAUUCGGUUGGAAAGAAGUUGAUUUAUGUAUUCUGUGGUCAAGGUCCACAAUGGAAUCAAAUGGGAAUGCAACUCUACGAAUCUGAACCAGUGUAUCGCUCGACUGUCGACAAGUUAGAUUCUCUGCUCAGUGAGUACACUGGAUACAGUAUCAUUGCCAAACUUAAUGACCUCGCAAGUGAGUCGAAUGAUAUCCAUAGACCAAUCAUCGCACAACCAUCUUUAUUCUUGUUCCAAGUCGGUUUAGUUGAAUUGUAUAGAUCUUGGGGUAUGCAACCAUCGAUUGUUUUAGGACAUAGCAUGUACAAUAAAUUUAGUUUUGGAGAUAUUACAUCUGCUUAUAUUUCAGGAAAUAUCUCAUUAUCAGAAGCAAUAAAGAUUGUUCACUUUAGAGCAUUAUACCAAAAUGAAACUAUUGGAUCUGGAAAGAUGUUGGUAGUAGGAUUGAGCUCAACAAUCUAUCAAGCUAAAUAUCAAGAGAAAUACCCAACCCUUGAAAUUGCUUGUUAUAAUGCAGCAGAAUCCAUUGUAAUCACUGGUAGUGAAUUAGAUUUAACCGCUUUGUCAAAAGAAUUGAAAUCCUCUGACAUAUUCAAUACAUUCCUUAGAACACCUUGUUCUUUCCAUUCAUCUCAUCAAAAAACAAUUAAAAAGAAGAUAUUUUCAUCACUUUCCAAUAUGAAAUCUCAGAAAUCAACCAUUCCUUGGUAUUCAACUGUUACUGGUGAAUUGAAAUCGGAUGAAAUGGAUGCCAACUAUCUAUAUCAAAAUCUUAGACAACCAGUCUAUUUUAAGAAGACAAUCGAUACAUUGUUUACUGAACUUAAUACCAAACUAGAAGAAUAUGUAUUCCUGGAAAUAGCUCCACACCCAACUUUAUCAGGUUUAAUCCUACAAACCAUUCCACAUGCCAAGGUUCUAUCUCCACUACAGAGAAACAAAGAUGAAUUGCUAUUAUUCAGAUCUUCGAUUGCCUCUCUUCAUUGUCUUGGUGUCAACAUUGAAUUCUCAACACAAUUCACCUAUCAUGAUAUUAUGGAUCAACAAUGGAGAGAUAACACCUCCAUACUUCCAAGAUACCAGUGGGAUUCAGAAUUGUAUUGGCGUGAAUCACCCUAUUCCAAAUACAAGAGAACCAAUGGUCCUUCAACUUCACUCCUAGGACACCAAUCUUUGUUCAAUGGACAACUGGUUUACCACGCUGACAUUGAUAUAAAGAGAAAACCUUACCAAUAUCUCAAAGAUCAUCGUGUUAAAGACAAACCAUUGUUCCCUGGUGCUGGAUAUAUCGAUGCAAUUAUAGAUGCUUUCAAAUCGCAUGAGAAAGACAUUAUUAUCAAUCAUUUGGAAUUCCUUAAUCCUUUCUUUUUGAACGAGUCAGAAUUCUCUCAAAAACUGCAAACAAACAUCGAUAAACUCUCCAACAAUGAUUAUAAGCUUCAAUUCUACAAUAAGAAUAAAGAAUGUGAGAAUACUGAUGACGAUUGGUUCAAGACAGCUCAAUCGAGAGUAUCACUAGCCUCUUCGGUCGAGCCUGUUGUUGUAGAUAUUGAAUCAUUUAAAAAUCUAUGUGAUUUGACAACCUACACGCAAGAGGAAUUCUACAAGAAAACAUUGAGAGUAGGAUUAAAAUAUGGUCCAGCAUUCCAACAUGUCAAAUCGAUUGCCAUCGGUGAACGAACUACUUUUGCCACACUUUCAACUCUCUCGUCGAGUAAUGCUCCAUCCCACAUUCUAAAUGCUACUCUACUUGAUAAUUGUGCACACGGACUCUUUGGUAUUCUCGAGGAUCGACGUCAAUUCAUUUUCAAAUCGAUCGAAGAUCUCAGAGUGAAUUUUAACGUAUUAAAAGAGUUAGAGUCAAAUCCACCAGAACAAUUAUUCCUUCUUUCCAAAGUGUUAAAUUUCAAUAAUUAUGAUUGUGUUGGAAAUUGUCAAUUGGUUCUUCCAAAUGGUCAAGUGAUCUUGGAAAUGGGAAAAUUCACUGCUGGUACCAACGAGAGAAUGAAAAUGAAAAAGAUUAAAUUCCCAGUGAAUGAGCUCUAUGAGCUUAGAUACCAAUCAAAGGACUCAGUACUCCCACAGCCCAAUGAGAUUGUUACUGCAUCGCUUAUUCCAGAAUCGAUGGAGUGUCAGAAGAUUCUAGGAUACGCCUGUGACUCUGUAAAGUUUUUAUGUUACCAAUUUGUCAAUGAUGUUCCGGGAUUCGAUAUCAAAGAGAUAUUGGAGCAACCAAUUGAAGAUUCGUUUGUAAAGUUAAAUUUGGCAAUGAGCGAUUCCAACUUUAAACUGUUCACAAGAGUAGUCGAGAUAUUCAGAGAGUACAGAGAAUUCUUGGAGCAAAACGAGUUGAAUGAUCAGUCGGAAUAUCGAAAAUAUGAUACCAAUAUCAAAUCGAAUAUGGAGGCAUGUAUCAAGUUUGUAACUGAAACAUUAAUUGGAAAUGUGGCAUAUGGUGAGCAAUUGUUUAGAGAUGGUGUUGUUCAUGGUAUCUAUAACUCUGCAUUUAUGAUGUAUUAUUUCAAACAGACAUCACAUAUUGCAUCCUCAGCAAUUUCAUCUUUGGUUGAAGCCAAUAAACAAUCAAAGAAACCAGAGAAAAGAGUUAUCAAAAUCCUGGAAAUUGGUGGUGGAACUGGUACACUUACAAACAUUUUAAUUCCACAGUUGGACGCUAUUCUUGAGGGUCAAGAAGAAAUCGAAGUAGUCUACACAUUCACCGAUGUUUCACCAUACUUUAUUGCACCAAUGAAGGAGAAGCUCACUAAUGGUAUCAAAUUGAAAUCUAAUCUAAAGAUUAAGUUUAAGAUUUUGGAUUUGGAAAAGGAUUUCAUUGAACAAGGUCUAUUGGAGGGAUCAUACGAUAUGGUGUUGAUGUCUCUGGUAAUUCACGUUGCGGCAGAGAUUGUACCAACCGUUCAUAAUAUCCAUAAAAUCAUUUCACCCAAUGGAUGGUUGCUAUUCAUUGAACCAAAUCACAAGAAUCCAUUUGUCGAUAUCACAUUUGGUGGUUUCUCUCAAAUUUGGAAUUACAAAGAUGAUAUUCGUGAUCACUAUUCACUGAAACCACAGGAGUGGGUUGAUUUACUCUCAGAGAACAUUGGUUUCUAUAAUACCAAAUCGUAUGGACCAAACGAUGAGCUUGGAAAUCAAUUGUCUCCAGACCUUGGACAUCUUUACAUUAUCCUCUCACAGAGAACACCAAUUGAAAAGCACGAAGUUGGGGAAAUCGAGAGAAUGACUCUGAUUGUCAAUGAAAAUCAAUCAAUUCCAAUUGAAAUUUUUGAAAAAUACAGUGGCAAUCCUAUUUCUAUUGUCAAUACCAAUGAGAUUGAAUCCUCAUCUGAAAUACUAAGAGAGUCUGAUCAAAUUCUAUUCCUUACCACUGUUGAACAACAAACUGUUGAAAACUAUCAACAAACUACCUUCCAAUUGACACAGUUACUACAGUUGUUUACCUAUCAGGAUGAACAACCUAUUGUAGCUGCUGUCACAAGAGGCUGUGAAACUUCCAACUAUCUCUCGAAUUCAAUAGCUGGUGUUCUAAGAACUGCAUUUAUCGAUCACAAGGAGUUGAAAGUGGUACAUAUUGAUAUCGACACUCCACUCGACGACAACAAUAUCAAAACCAUUCUUCAGAUCUCAAGAAAUGAAUCAUCUCUUGGUGAUUACUAUUACCAAAUUGUAGAGAAUGUACCAAGAGUGUCGAGAGCAACCAAUAUUAAAAAGGAAUUACUAAGCACCUCAGUUGUCUAUGAAAAUCAGUAUGAAAACACACAAUGUAGCUUAAACUUGAAGCUUGAAUACAAACUUGCCAACAAGGUUGUAUUGUUACCCAAUCAGAUUGAAGUACAAGUUAAGGCAGUCGGAUUGAACUUUAAGGACUAUUUAUUCCACCUCCAGAUGCUACCACAGGCUCUAAUGUCUUCUGGUGAUAUUUACCAUCCACCAUUCGGUCUAGAAUGCUCAGGUAUAAUAACCAGAAUUGGAAGUGGUGUUACCAAAUUCAAAGUUGGUGAUGAAGUGGUGGCUGGUGGUUGUGCUCGUGCAAUUGGUUCGCAUACAACCUUCAAGGAGAUUGAAGCAGUUUUGAAACCAGAGAAUAUUAGUUUCAACGAUGCCGCUUCACUCUCUGUUGUCUAUGGAACUGUUUAUUAUUGCUUCUUCAACGUCUGUCAUUUCGAUCCAGAGAAUGAAACUGUUUUGAUUCAUAGCGCAACUGGUGGAGUUGGUAUCGCCGCUCUCAAUAUUCUCAGAUGGUUGAAAUGUAAGAAGGUAUACGCAACAGCAGGAUCAAAAGAUAAGAUUGAAUAUCUAAAGUCGAAAUACUCUGAUAUUCUAAUUGAUGUGUUUGAUUCGCAUACCACUGACUUUGCCAAGCUCAUCAAGGAGCAGUGUGAUGGUGUCGAUGUACUUAUCAAUACGUUAUCAGUUGACUUUAUGCCAGCCAACUUUAAAGUAAUGGCUCCAUGGGGAAGAAUAGCCGAUCUAUCUUUAACACACGUUUAUAACAACGACCCAUUGGAUUUCGGUAAUUUCAAGAAUGAUAUUACCUACACUCCAGUUGAUUAUCAAUAUUUGACAACUCAUCGUCCAACAGUAGUCAAUCGUAUCACCACAAAGAUAGUUAAGGAAGUUUCAGAAGGAAAUCUAGAACUACCACCAACCAGAGUGUAUGAAGUCAAAGAAACCAAAGAAGCUAUUAAAUCAAUGAGAGACAGAACACACAUUGGAAAGAUCAUUGUUGAUUGUUCAACCAUCGAUGAGGAAAUUGUCAAGCCACUUGUGGAAUCAAAACAAAGAUCACAACUUCCAAAGUCUGACUAUAAAUUGGAUAUAAACAACACUGUUUUGGUAACUGGUCAAAAUGGUAUUGCUCUUGAGAUGGUUCCAUGGUUGGCCAAGCAUACCAACGCCACCGAUAUAAUUGUAGUCUCGAAAUCAACUCUAAACAACAGACUCCAAAAGAUAAUCAAGUCAACUGGACCAACUAAAAUUCAUUUCUAUCAAGCGGAUGUUUCCAACAAAGAACAACUUCAAACCCAAAUUGCAUCGUUCAAAGACAAAUAUCCACCAAUUGAAUCUAUUUUCCAUCUGGCCGUGAUACUUGAAGCGCUAUCAAUCAACGAGCUAACUUUGGAAAACAUAAAGAAAGUACACGAUCCAAAAGUAAUCGGUGCUUUCAAUCUCCAUGAGAUAUCGUUGGCUUUGGAGCUACCAAUUCGGCAAUUCGUUGUUUUCUCCUCACUCUCUGGUAUGAGUGGAGCUGCUUCACAGCCAGCUUACAACUCUGCCAACUUGGUACUCGACGGGCUCUGUCAGUAUAGAACCAACGAACUUGGUUUGCUUUCGAAAUCCAUCAGAUGGGGACCACUCUUGGGAGAGGGACAAGUUGCCGAUGCCGUCGGUAUCAAAGAGUAUUUCCUCCAUAGAGGUGUCGAAUCACUGCCACUCUCCAAGUUCUUUGGUGGACUGGAAGCUAUUCUCUCGCAAUCGAUUCAUUGCAACCCGAUCGUAUCGAAUAUCACUACUCCGGCGAUCUACGACUUCCACCCGCACAUUCGUCAUUGUAUCGAUCACUUGGUGGUCGGUGAGACCGGUAAGAAGAAAUCGUUGGAAUCAACCGAAGAUGUCUACGAGAUGAUCACCAACAGUUUCUCAACACUCCUAUCGAUUCCAAAAGCCAAGCUAAAUGGAGAUACCAAACUAAAAGAUUUUGGAGUAGAUUCACUCAUGACAGUUCAAGUCAAACUAUUUUUGGAUAACAACUUUGAAAAAGAUCUAUUUAGAAUAACUGAAAUCCCAUCACUUACAAUCAACACUGUCAUUUCUAAAAUCAAAAAUCAGAAAACUACUGUAAAUACCUCUAAAUCAAGUUAA